AUGAAAGGUAUAACUGUGUGGAAUAAUUUAACAGAUAACUGCAAAAUUAUUGAUGAAAAUGUAUUGCAUCUAAUUGUGACUACGGCAAUAGAUAUCGAUUACACAUCUGAAAAAUAUCAGAAAAAGAUUGAAAUUGCUAAACAAGCAAUGAAAAUAUUACAGAGAUUCAUAUUUAGACAACUAAAUGAAGAAUUAGUAGGAUUACAGAAAUGGGAAAAUUCUACGAAACCAGAUGGUUGGAUUCUGAAUGAAACAAAUAUUUUUUUAGUAUGGUCAAAAAAAGCAUUUACAGAUAUCGAAUCAGAAUGCAUUUCACAAAUGUUAAGUCAGAUACAUUCAGAUAGUCCAUUCUUUAAUAUUAUAGAAGUAUAUACUCUACUAUUUAGAUUGCAUUGGAUGAAAGGGGAUCACGAAUCAGCAAAAUCAUUCAUAGAGAGUGCUUUGUACAUUCCAGUCAUUACUUCUGAGGAUCGCGUGAGGAAUUUAGAAGCUCAUGAACUAUACAGUAUGUUCUUGAUGGAACGUAAUAUUGCGGCUAUUAAUAAGUCAAAACAGCAAACCAACUAUCCGACACAUUCACACUGGAUGGAAAAUGGUGUACCCCAAGGUUCCGCACUUUCUGUUACACUAUUUUUGGUGGCUAUUAACAAAAUUGAUAAACAAUGCAAUUUUCCGAUAAAAUCCAACAUAUUUGCAGAUGAUGCUAACUUCCACUGUAGAAGCAAUAAUAUUAAAACAGUACAAUACCAUCUACAAGAAACAGCAAAACACCUAGAAAAAUGGUCAGCAAAAACGGGCUUCAGCUUUUCAAUAGAAAAAUCAAACUGCAUAACCUUUACUAGGAAAUCAAAUGUAGGGGAACUAAUUAUUAAAAUGGAGGACAAAACUAUACCCAACAAAAAAUGCAUAAAAAUAUUGGGUAUCACAUUCGAUUCUAGGCUUACAUGGUCACAACACAUAAAAUCCCUGAAAAUAUCUACAAAUAAAGCACUUAGAAUAAUAAAACUAUUAUUCCACACAAAUUGGGGAGGUGAAACAGAAACAUUGAUCAAAAUAUGUAAAGCAACAAUCCAAGCAAAACUCUAUUACGGUUCAUUCCUUUAUAACUCAGCCAAAAACACAUUAAUAAAAUUCAUUGACUCGAAUCACAACACAGGGAUGCGAAUGGCUAUAGGGGCCUUCAAAAGCAGCCCAAUUAAAAGUAUCUAUAAUAUAGCGGGAGAACCUACGCCAGACCUAAAAAGAAGAGAGUUGAAACUCCUAUACGCUGCGAGACUAACUAGAUUAACAAAUAACCCAGCAUCAACCAACAACAUAACCCUUGAACUACAAAAAAAUCAAAACUACACCAAGAUCCCACAAAUACUAAAAAAAGAAAAAAUAAUCAGUCCUCCAUGGACAAGCUUAUACAAAAUAAACACAGAAUUGAACACCCUACCUAAGGAAAACACACCACCAUAUAUCUACAAAAACCUUCUGAAAUAUGUCCUUGAAAAUCAAAAUGAAUUUCAAGAACUAUACACCGAUGCCUUCAAAAGUGACGAAGGAGUAGGAAUAGCCAUAAUAAAAAACAACUCACAGACAUCGUUCAAACUACCAUCAACAUGCUCUAUAUAUACAGCCGAAGCUCUUGCUAUAUUACUUGCCAUAAAAUACAUUAACAAAAAGGAAAACCAAAAACAUAUCAUUCUAAGUGAUUCGCUAAGCACACUUAUUAGUGUACAAAAUAAAUUCAAUCCUAGCGACAUAGCAAUCCAAAUUCAAAAUAGAUUAGAAGAAGCAAACCAAAAAAACAACAACAUAAUAAUAAUGUGGGUACCUGGACACAUAGGAAUAAUCGGUAAUGAAAAGGCAGAUAAACAAGCAAAACUAGCUAUCAGCUCACCGGACUCACAAUACAUUAACAUUUCAUCAUACUCUGAUAUAAGAAAACAAAUAAAACAGGACACCACCUUACUGUGGCAAAAUAUAUGGACCACCCAAAACAACAAAUUAAACGAGGUCAAACAAACGGUCAAACGAUGGAGAAGAAACCCAAAUAUUAGUACAUCAAACGAAAAAAAACUAAAUAGGGCCAGAAUUGGCCACACCAGACUAACCCAUGAAUACCUAAUGACAAAAAGCGACCCUCCAAUAUGUCAAUCAUGUGGCACAACAAUCACAAUCAAACACAUUUUUGAAGAAUGCAGAACGUACAUCAAUCAAAGAAAGGAUCUCAACAUAAGCCAUCAAAUUGGAACAAGCCUAGGCCCAAAUCCCGACAAUGAAACCAACACCAUUGAAUUCUUCAAAACAACCAAGCUACUCAAACUACUUUAG